CAAAAAUUAUAUCUUGAAUUAUGAAAAAGAAAAAAUAAAGACAGUCCCACCUAAAUUUCGGAUCAUUCAACUUCACUAUCGUUGAUUUUCCUUGCUCGAGCACUCUAACUUGAGUCCAUGGACUAUAUAUAGGUUUCCACUGUGAUUAGAAGUGAAAGAUCAUGCAUGGACACGAGCUCAAGGCCAUCUUCUUCCGAGCACAAGAACUCAAUUACAAACAGUCAGGACAAGCAGCUCGAAUCCAUAAAAGACGAAAUGGGCGAGGUAAGAGAAGAGAAUGAAAGAUUAAAAGCAUUCUUAGCGCAAAUGGUGAAGGAUUACCAAUCCCUCAAAAUGCACGUCUUUGACAUUGUUCAAAAAGAACAUUUCAAGAAACCAGCGGAGACUUCUAGCGGACUCGGAGAUGUUGAAGAACCUGAACUUGUCUCACUCAGCCUUGGAGCAAGCGCAAGUAGAAACAGAAAUGAAGAGGAAAAAAGAAAAGAAAAUGAACGGAUAAAUGAAGGCCUCACCCUUGGAUUACACUACAAAAUUGAUGGUUCUAGCAGCAGCCAAAGUGAACCACCGGCGAAUUUGAGCCCGGACAACAGCUUUGAGGAGCCCGAGAAAGAAGAUGCCGGCCGGGAGCCAUGGCCACCGACUAAGACAAUAUUUGAGAGUUCGAGAAAUGGAGAAGAUGAGGUGUUACCACAACCGCCUGUUAAGAAAGCUAGGGUUUCUGUGCGAGCAAGAUGUGAUGCCCCUAGAUGAAUGAUGGAUGUCAAUGGAGAAAAUAUGGGCAGAAAACUGCAAAAGGUAACCCAUGCCCACGAGCAUACUACCGUUGCACCGUUGCACCAGCAUGCCCGGUGAAGAAGCAGGUAUCAUCUCUUCCUUUAUAGUCUGGUCUGUUUCUUACCUUGGAUUCAGGCAAUUUUUUCUCUAAAGUUGCCUCUAUCUCGAACAGAACUUUGAUUUGAUUUAUGGCUAGAUAUAACUGUAUAGUAAAGCUUGAUAAUUACUAAUAAUUAAACGUUGGUAAUGCAUGCUUGGGUUUUGGUGUAGCUUUGAGUUCCGAGGGAGCAAGUUCCCUAGCUUCUCGGUUAUCUCAUAUCCGUGUCCUAGUUGCUUGUUUCAGUAUAGAGUUCCACUUCUUUAAAUUAGACUCAGUCAAGCAUCUUGAUCAAUUACGAUUCAACAAUAAUACACUUAAACAAUGGACAGUUUCAUUGAAUUUGAAGCUCAAAGGACCUAACCAAACAAGAAAUUAACAAGCAUCUGACAUUGACUUUUUACCAAGGAACUAAUUGUAAACUGCUAUGUAGAUCUUGACAUCAUCGUCCGCGUUGGUAGACUGUUGGUUUCGUGCACGACUUCAACAGACAAUAUGUUCAACAAUCCAUUUUCCAGAUUCUUACCUAAAUCAACAUAAUAAUAUAUAUGAUUUAAUUUUACGUUUUGCUUACUAACUAAAUAUAAAAGAAAUCAUUCUAUGUCACAUUUCCCGACUCACAUUUUCUUUUCAUCUGUUUUGCAGAA